AAGAAAGAAAGAAAGAAAGAAGAGGAAAAAAUAAGUGUGUGUGUGUGUGUGCGUGCGCGCGCGCGCGCGCGGCGAAGAAGGGAAAGAAGGAAGGAAGAAAGAGGGUGCGCGCUGUGAAGCGGUAUUGAGAGGGCUGGCGUGCCCCAUGUUGUGAGCGUCUGAAGACUGCCGGGGGCAGAAGUGAAAGGGUGGGAGGGAGGGAAGGGUAAGGGUGCCGCUGGUAUGGAGUAUGGAAGCGGCGGGGGUGGAGGCGGUGGAGGCCGUGGGGGUGUCCAACCACCCUCCGCAGCUGCGAGGGGUAUGGCGGGGACAGAUACUACCGAUGCUGCGUGGCACAAACACGAACAAAUGAUCCUUAUGGAAUCCAGGCAUAAGCAACAAUUAGGCGGGAGGGCGGGAACAGGUGGUGGCGGGGGUGGCGGUGGUGGCGCACCUCUCUAUGGUCGUCUAGUAGCAGAGGAACCCCUGCCCCCCACGGUAUGCGGGGGCACUGGCGUAGGUGGAGGAGCCGGUGGGGUCCCCCAAGAAACUCCUGCGGACAUUCACGCCAUGCAAGCCAGGAUACCCCAUAGGUUUCGUGAUCCAGCCACCGCACCCCUUAGAAAGCUCAGUGUCGACCUCAUCAAAACUUACAAACACAUCAAUGAGGUUUAUUACGCUAAGAAAAAAAGAAGGGCGCAACAAAUGCAAGGAGAAGAUGGUUCCCAUAAAAAGGAAAGAAAAUUGUACAACGAUGGCUGGGAUGACGAUAAUCAUGAUUACAUUAUCAAGAAUGGGGAAAAGUUCCUCGAUCGUUAUGAGAUCGAUUCGUUAAUAGGUAAAGGCAGCUUCGGCCAAGUAGUGAAAGCGUUUGAUCACGAAGAACAAACGCAAGUGGCAAUAAAAAUUAUCAAGAACAAAAAACCUUUUCUAAAUCAAGCGCAAAUCGAAGUGAGGCUAUUAGAAAUGAUGAAUAGGGCGGAUACCGAGAACAAAUAUUAUAUAGUUAAGCUAAAGAGGCAUUUUAUGUGGCGAAAUCACUUAUGUCUGGUAUUCGAACUGUUAUCGUAUAAUCUGUAUGAUCUACUUAGAAAUACGAAUUUUCGAGGAGUGUCGUUGAACUUAACAAGGAAGUUUGCACAGCAACUGUGUACUGCCCUUUUGUUCCUGUCUACACCGGAAUUGAACAUCAUUCACUGUGAUCUGAAACCUGAAAACAUACUUUUAUGCAAUCCUAAACGAAGCGCGAUAAAAAUAGUGGACUUCGGUAGUUCGUGUCAACUUGGACAGAGAAUAUACCAAUAUAUUCAAUCCAGAUUUUAUCGAUCUCCUGAAGUUCUAUUAGGAAUACCUUACGACCUUGCGAUAGACAUGUGGAGUCUAGGAUGUAUUUUAGUUGAAAUGCAUACGGGAGAACCUCUGUUCAGUGGGGCCAAUGAGGUCGAUCAAAUGAAUAAAAUCGUAGAAGUACUAGGAAUGCCGCCGAAACAUAUAUUGGACCAAGCGCAUAAAGCGCGGAAAUACUUUGACAAAGUCCCCACGGAUGGCUCGUACGUGCUGAAAAAGAUCAAGGACAAAAGGUACAAACCUCCCGGCACUAGACGCUUGCACGAUAUCCUAGGCGUCGAAAACGGAGGCCCUGGUGGAAGAAGGAUAGGUGAACCUGGUCAUUCAAUCUCCGAUUACCUCAAAUUCAAAGACUUAAUUCUGCGGAUGCUGGACUUUGAUCCGAAAACAAGAGUGACACCUUAUUACGCGCUUCAGCACAAUUUCUUUAAGCGAACAGCCGACGAGGGGACCAACACGAAUAUCGCUGCUGCCAACAGUGCUAACACGAGCCCGGCAGUAGUGUCGAUGAGCCAGGAUCAUGGACUGGUAACCAUGUCAGGACAGGGAAGCAGCAACAGUGGCAAUCCGAUUCAAGGAUCAAGCCUCCCUGGCUACCAACCGAUGGAGUGCGAUUCUUCGCCCCGCCAUUUGGGUAAUCGGCGCGUUGGAACGACGAGCUAUCCGUCGACAUCUGCCACCGGGGUGUCUGCGAGCGGGCCAAUGUCCAUGCAGUCCGUGGACAGUUCCCUGAUACAAAGCUCUCUCGGAUCGUAUAAUAGCCUAAUUCUUCCUGGAAUACCCCAUCUGCCCGCGAUGAUGACCUCACCGAUGAUACAACAGCAAAACUUCUAUAAUUACGGUUAUCCGACGACAGAUGCGCAUGGAAUAGUCAGACAACCGUCGACGGUGUCAACCGGCAAACAGAGAGACUCGGAAAGGGAAGACAGUCCUAUGGUCGGAGUAUGCGUCCAGCAGAGUCCAGUCGCUAUCCACUGAGAGCGCAAAAAGAGCGAACGAAACUACAACGACGCUCGAUGAGAAUAUGUACUGUAUCCGCGGUACCGUCGAAAUAUAUUAGGUGAUUAUACAUACUGUAUAUACAAUGUUCGCGACGAUACCGCAAACUUUAUCGUACUGUUUACGAAAAGAUAAAAGGAAGGAGAGCAGUGAGAACGGGCAGCAGGAACUUGAAGGUCCUUCCCCGUCGCGUUGCUUUGCAUUUCGUCGUUCUGUCGGCUGCGAAACGAGUCUCUAAGUCUAGAAAUAAAUAUUACACUGAUAACAACACACUGCCGCGCGAAACUGACGUUAGUAAAAGUAUAUGUAAUGGAUCAGAGGCAGAGAUUAAUUAUGUAGAAAGAACGUUUGUAAAAGGGGUGAUGUUGAGAAUAUAAUAUAACGAGUCAGCUUCCAAAGAACAAAAUAUAAAAAAAAAAAAAAAAAAAAAAAAGAUGAAACGAAACGAAUUUAAAGAAGUAUUACGAAGGAAUGCAAAGGAAGACACGAGGGAAGCCUCCUCUUUUCCAUUAGUUUUUUCUUUCUCUUCUUAGUUUUUCGUUUGUCUAUCUUAAGAAGCCGACUGGUCUUACAUUGGGCACGGAUACGCCGCGUCCGGCACAGAAGCUUAUGAUACUUUGCUUGUGAGCACGGACGGACAAAUAUGGUCUAGUGAGGAUGAACCCAGCUGGCCUCUCGGGUCCUGCCCGAUUCUGCAAACGCUCGAAAAUGCUUUAGUCGCGUGCGCAACGUCGUUAUAACAAAUUUUGGCAACCCAAACUGUGUGGCCUAGAGAGCGAAAUCGUGAUAAUUACUAUUAUAAAGAUGCAUAAAACGGGAGGAAAAAGCAAGGAUUACCAGUGUAAGCAUGUACUCCAAUAGAGUUUUAUACACAAUGUCACAAAUGUAAACGGUUUAGCAAGUAAUUGCUAGCAAACAGUCGCGUCAAAUGCUAGUUAUUUGUACAAUAUACAUAGGUAAACGAUAAGAGUGCAGCUUUAGGUUUUAGCUUUUAAGUGUGAGAAGUGGACACUGGCAUUGUAAACUCGACUCUUUUAUUUACUUUGACGAAUAGAGAAGAGGACGUUGCAAACGUCGGUUUGUUGCUGAUCAAGGACUUUAAACAAACGAGGUUUGCAUCAUUUAACAACAAUACAUAUUUAUACAGAAAAAAAAAACAGUAAUAAGAAAGUUAAAAAGCAGUAUACACGUAAGAUCGAUCAAGAAUGAUAUAAUCAUACAAAACCUAGAUACUUUAUAAUAAACGAUACGCGCGUACUCAUAUGCAUAUGUUUUCAAUGGCAGUCGUAAUUGAUUUUUGCCGUUUCACUUCGAUAAUUGUAUCUAGCGCUAUUUGUUAUUAUUAUACAAGGUGUCAUACUUAAACCAGGCUACCUAAAUAUCUCUUCCAGUAGUGAUAAUAUAAAAAAUAUUUUACACGCAAUUUGAGUUUCAAACCAUUCAAAUUACAUGUAAAAUAUUUGUUAUAUUAUCACAAUUGAAAGAGAUAUUCAGGUGGUUUAGGUGUGACACCCUGUAUAUUUUGUUAUAUCAUUGGCAUAUUAGUUCGAAACCUUUUCCUGGCAUUUUAACUUUUUCUUUUUCAAAUUCUUUUUUAAAUAUUAAUAUAUAUGUAUAUAUUGCUAUAUAUAUAUAUAUAUAUAUAUAUAUAUAUAUAUAUAUAUAUAUAUAUAUAUAUAGCUCUUUUAAACAGUUUUCCUCAACAUUCUCUUCGUUUCCGUUCAGUUACGGAGUACAAGUGACUCGAGAAACGUAAAUAUUAUUGCCAGAAUGUUACAUUACGUAAAAAUAAAUUAUGUCAAUAGCGAUAAGAUAAUAUAAAACGAGACACGACGAGCGAUCCAAAUUUUCGAUACUUACUAAAAACAUAUACUGCAACAAAUAAUAAUCUUUUGAGACGUUAUACAUGUUUCUAGUUCUUUUUUUGCGACGCAUGUAUUAAACAGGUUGUUCUUUUUAAAUUAUUUUUCCACGUUUUAUUCACGAUUUUUGAUUAUUUUAUACGAAAGAAAAGAUAAACAGUAUGCACACUACUCGAUACUGUGUAUACGUUACGUAAAUUUUCGGCUUGCUUCGAUUAUGCGAUGGAAUGAUUUUAGCGUCAAUGUCAAAUUUAAUAUUCUAUUUUUAAUGCUACUAUUGAUUUUCUCUUUUUAUUCGUGUCAUUGCAAUUUGUAUCGAAAGAGUACGACAUAGACGUGAAACGUAUAUUUUCCGUAUCAAUUUCUCAAAAGGUUUUCACUACUGUACACCGCAAACAAGUCUCAAAUUUCUAUUAAACGUCGUACUUUUCAUAAUCAUUGAUCAUGCCCGAGAAUGGAAUAUUUUAAUUAAACAAAGAAUCGUAUUUCCAAGCAGACUUCUUAAGGUUUUUUUUUUUUUUUUUUUUGUUUUGUUUACUAGUUAGCAACGAGGAAUUUAACGAUAAAUUUAAUGACUCGCGAAACCAUAUUCGCUCGAAUUUUUCGCUGAAACAUAUGUAUUGUUAACACGUUUAUUUUGUCCCAAAGUAUGACGAUCAUUGCGCAUGAUACAUUAAAUCUAAAACAUGUAACGAAUUCUUGUUUAUAUUGGAGUAAGCGAUGGACGCAACGGAGAUUCUACGUAAAGUCACGACAUCCAAUGAUCGCGAACUUAAUAAAAAUUUAUAUCAAUAACGUACGACUGAAACGUGAAACCGUUAAGAACAUAUUUUGCGCAUAAAUCUUUCAAGGUUUUUACUGUACGCUAAAAUCUCCGACUUGUAUAAAACGUCGUACUUUUUCUUACGUCAAUCAUGUCUAAGAAUGGAAUACUUAAAAAAAGAUUAGGAUAACCAACGAUCACGAAGCUAUUCAAAAUUGUAUAUUCGAAGAGAGCAUUGUAUCUCGAAGACGACUCUUCUUAAUUUUAAAAGGUAUGACAUCGGAGAUGUACGAUUGUUCGAUAAGAUGACGCAUUGUUCAGUCAGACUCGACCAAGUUUUGUUUGCGACGAUUUCUGACAUUUUCAUGACCUCGUCGAACGGCAAAAAUCAGUACGCUCUAUAAACGCAGACAAAAUGUGUGAUGAUUCCACAUGUGCCCUCUUCCGAAUUUCCGUUACCGCGCGUUGGGCUCAUUAGUCAGUUGGGGAAACUC